AUGCCAUCAGAAUUUCAAGGAAUUGUCUUAGCAGCAGGAAUUGGAAGUCGUAUGACAAACCUGACAACACACUUUUCUAAAGCAUUAUUACCAAUAGCAAAUAUACCAAUGUUUUGGUAUCCUUUAAAUUUUUUGUCAAAAAAUUAUGUAACAGAUGUUAUACUUAUUGUUGAUACAAAAAUGGAGCAUGAUAUUAAAAUGAUAAUGAAAGAUAGAGUUUUAUUUCCUAAUUUUCCCGUUCAAAUGAAUAUUGAAGUGGCAACAAUUGAAUCAUCUAAAAAUGAUAUGGGAACAUUUGAUGCAUUAAGAGAAAUUGAAGCAAAAAUAAAUAGAGAUGUUAUUGUGGUAUCAAGUGAUUUUAUAUCAGAUGCCUCUUUAGAACCACUUUUAAAAUCAUACCGUGCUAAUGAAGCAUCAUUUUGCGCUUUAUUAACGCCAUACAUCAACCCAACAACUACCCCUGGAAGUAGUAUUAAACAACCAAAAUAUAGAGAUUUUAUUGGUAUUAAUAUAGAUGAUAGUCGUUUAGUAACAAUAAUAUCAGAAGAAGAUUUUGAAGAUUUUUCUAUUGAUAAUUUUGCUUUUAAUAAAUUUAAAAAUAUCUCAUUUACAUCAAAAUAUCAGGAUGCUCAUGUUUAUGUUAUAAGAAAAUGUUUACUUGAUUUAGCUAUUAAAAAACUUGACAUUUCUACAAUAAAAGGUGAUUUUGUACCUAUGUUAUUAGAACAACAAUAUCAUAAUUUAUCACAAGAAAGUAUUGAUUAUUUUGCUAAUUCAAAAAAAAAUGCUUUUAGAGAAGAAAUUAAAGAAUUAAGUUUACGUUUUAAUGAUAGUGAUAAAAUUGAAGAUUUUAAUGAAAAAGAUGAUGAUGAUUUGAUAAAAUGUUAUGCAUAUGUUGCAAAUCCUGAAGCAUAUCAUUUUUCUAGAAGAUGUAAUACUGUAGCAUCAUAUUUUGAUAUAAAUAUACAAAUUAUUCCAUAUCUUAUUCAUUUUCAAACUCCUGAAAAUGAUCAUAAAAAAGCAUCUGUUCAACAUAGUCAUUCCUCAAUUACAAAUUCUCGUCUUGCUGAAUCAGUAAAAUUUUUUGGUCCUAAACCAGAACAAAAUGAUUAUAAGAUGGCAGUUGUUUGUAAUUCAGUAAUUGAUAGUGCCACAGAAAUUCAAGGAAACACAAAAAUUACUAGUUCUGUUAUAAUGGAAAAUGUCAAAAUUGGUCGAGGUGUUAAAAUAAAUAACUCAAUCAUAUGUCGUAAUGUAAUUAUUGGAAAUGAUGUGGAAUUAACGAAUUGUAUCGUAGCUUCAGGUUUUGAAAUUAAGCCAGGACAGUACUCAAGCAUAAUGUUAGAAGUGGAAGAUGAAGAAAUGAUGUUAGAUGAUUAA